CGACCGAUAAGCAGCCACACGCCUGUCACAUGAUUUUGGCCCAAACACCGUAAACAAAAUAUAAUCAUUUUUUCCUCUCUACAGAACAAUAUCGUAUAUCAUUAAAACCCAUCGUGGAUGCAGUGAUCGGUGCAGCGAUGCUGUCGAGGCUGUUAAAGGAGCAUCAACUAAAACAAAACGACAGGAAAGAGCUUCAAGAGCGGCGGCGACGUGACGCCAUCGCAGCUGCUACCUGUUUGACAGAGGCCUUAGUGGACCACCUGAAUGUGGGAGUGGCUCAGGCGUAUGUUAAUCAGCGCAAACUGGACCAUGAAGUGAAGACACUGCAAGUGCAGGCGGCUCAGUUUGCUAAACAGACUUCGCAGUGGAUCGGCAUGGUGGAAAACUUCAACCAGGCAUUAAAGGAAAUUGGUGAUGUGGAGAACUGGGCACGCAGCAUUGAGAUGGACAUGAGGACUAUCGCUACAGCUCUGGAGUACGUACACAAAGGACAGAUUCAGACAGCAUCAUCCUAGAAUGCCCUUGCAAAGGGACAGAAGAUCAUGGACACUGCAUUUCAUUUUAGGAUUCUGUAGUAGUGUAGACUUGGAAUGGAAGAUUUGCUUAUGACAAAUUGACAAUUUGUCAGCUUCAGCAUAAACCCAGGCAUGUUUGCAGAUGUUACUAGAAGAUGAUGUAUUUUAUAUAGUUUUCCUUUUCCACCCAAACAAAUCGUACCAGGAGCAACUGUUUUUUCAUAAUGCUGAGCUGCAUAAAAAAUUUGCAUUACAAAUAUCAGCUUUGUUUUAUUAUUCAUGCCUGUAAAUAGUUUUUCAAGGAUGUCGCAUUUGUAUGUUGAUGUCAGCAUGUAAGGUAAUUGGCGUGUAGGUUAAGACAAGUCAACGUGAAGCACAGAGCAACCCAAUGGUGACAAAUUUGAAAUCACUUUGAGAAAUAAAAUCAAUAUGUAAAUAAAAUGUUAAUGUACUGAACCAGCAGGCGGCUGCAUGCGCUUACUGGGUUUUUAUAAAUAAACUAUGCUAGAUAUAAAAAUAA